AUGCGAUUGUGUGACAAAGAUAUUAAAAUAUGGCUAAAUAAAAAAAAAUUAAUUAUUACGCCUUAUCCAAAAAAUGAAGUGAUUAAUGGAGUGACGCUUGAUCUUCAUCUUGAUUUAAAAAAUUCUAUGAGCGAGGAAGAAAUUUUCUCUAAAGAAAAACCUUUUUUUUUAAAACCAGGAUCUUUAGCUUUGUUUUCUACUUUAGAAAGCAUUACUUUACCUGAUAAUUUAGUUGGUUGGUUGGAUGGUCGCUCUUCUUUAGCAAGACUUGGUUUAAUGAUUCAUGUAACAUCCCAUCGUAUUGAUCCAGGUUGGAAUGGAAAUAUUGUUUUAGAAAUAUUUAAUGCAGGUAGUUUAGUUUUGGUUUUAAGUCCUGGAAUAAAGAUUGCAGCAUUGAGUUUUGAGUUACUUUCUCAAUCAGUGAGACAUCCUUAUAACUCUCGUUAUGAAGCAAAAUAUAAAAUUCAAAAAGGUGUUGUUCCAAGUCGUAUUUAUAAAGAAUAA